CGUGAGUGUCACGACCGCCGUAGGGAUAGAGGAUACCGACGUUUUGCCUGGACCCGCCGCGGCGCGUGGCGGGGAGCCCGUCAGCCGUGGCCACCACAUGCCCGCGGAAGCAAACCAGGGGAGUCGUAUGAGCAAGCGCAGGAUUUUUCACUUGGCCGAUAUCACACACAACGAAACCGAGCCUUCCUUCAGCUAUGCGAUAAUGCGAUCGCGUCAAGCCAUUGUAGUUCGAUGAUCGUGCUUCAUUCGAGCUUCGUUGACCUCGUUUUUCAGUUAAAAAAAUUCGACAUCUUGAAGCUUCGUACUGUACGAGUUUUGAUUGGAUCAUCAGCUGUUGGUCAACAGAUAUUUUAUCGAUGCGUAGCCCCUUUGAUUAUUGAGCUAUUCUUGCGUGUAUGCCUGGGCUACAUCGGCUGUACAGGUUGCACGCAACGCAAGCUCACGGUUUCAACGGUGUCGAAGAGCAUAAACAGGUCUAUCAGAACAGAGACGCUGUUCCUUCUCUGACCCGCUACCAAGAUCACAUUUCGUUUCCUCCGGGUUCCAGGAUAUUAUUGGCUUUCUUGUUGGGAGCUCGAUCGAGGAGGGCCCAGGGUGAGCAGGAGAGGCGGAGGAAGCACCUAAGGCCAUCGCUGCCACCGGGCCUCGAGCUCGCGAUGGCGCCCCGCGCACGGGAAGGCCGUUUCGAGGAGAUCCGCGAGCUCGACGGCGACUCCGAGCUGGGGGCGGCGGCGCACGGGCCCGGCCGCGUGCCGCCGUGGCGGGACCAGCUGACGGCGCGCGGGAUGGUGGCGAGCCUGGCCGUCGGCGCCAUGUACAGCGUCAUCGUCAUGAAGCUCGUCCUCACCACGGGCCUCGUCCCCACGCUCAACGUCUCCGCCGCGCUCAUCGCCUUCGUCGUCCUCCGCGGCUGGACCAAGGCGCUGGCACGCCUCGGCGUCGUCGCCCGCCCCUUCACGCGCCAGGAGAACACCGUCGUGCAGACCUGCGCCGUCGCCUGCUACAGCAUCGCCGUCGGAGGUGGGUUUGGGUCGUACCUGCUUGCGCUCGACAAGAAGACCUACGAGGCGGCGGGUGAGGACACGGCGGGCAACGUGCCGGGGAGCUUCAAGGAGCCCGGCAUUGCGUGGAUGACCGGCUUCCUGCUCGCCGUCAGCUUCGUGGGGAUUCUCGCGCUAGUCCCGCUCAGGAAGAUUAUGAUAAUCGACUACAAAUUAACUUAUCCAAGCGGGACUGCAACAGCUGUGCUUAUAAAUGGAUUCCACACGCCUCAUGGAGAUGCUAUGGCAAAGAAGCAAGUGAAUGGAUUCACAAAGUACUUUGGAAUCAGCUUCUUCUGGAGCUUCUUCCAAUGGUUUUUCUCUGGUGGAGACAAUUGCGGGUUCUCGCAGUUUCCUACUUUUGGACUAAUGGCAUGGAAAAACUCAUUCUUCUUUGAUUUCAGCCUCACAUAUGUUGGGGCAGGGAUGAUCUGUUCAUAUCUUGUCAAUCUGUCUCUCCUUCUUGGUGCCAUUCUCUCCUGGGGUGUCAUGUGGCCACUGAUCAGCGAUUUGGAAGGGGACUGGUAUCCAUCAAAUAUACCGGAAAGCAGCAUGAGCAGCCUGCAAGGUUACAAGGCCUUCAUAUGCAUAGCUCUCAUCCUAGGAGAUGGCCUAUACAAUUUUGCUAAGAUUAUUGCAUUGACCGUUAAGAAUCUGAUUGAAAAAUCAAAACUAAAGAACACAAAGAAAGAGGAAGACAUUCCGGUGCUCGAUGACCUUCAUCGUAAUGAAGUUUUCGUAAGAGACAGUCUCCCUACCUGGCUAGCCUAUUGUGGUUACAUUGCACUAUCAGUCCUUGCAGUAAUUGCCAUUCCCAUGAUGUUCCGCGAGAUGAAGUGGUACUAUGUUGUCAUAGCAUAUGUAUUGGCUCCCGCCCUGGGGUUCUGCAAUGCCUACGGUGCCGGCCUUACUGAUAUGAACAUGGCCUACAAUUACGGGAAGGUUGCCCUUUUCAUUCUUGCAGCAUGGGCUGGGAAAGACUCCGGUGUAGUUGCUGGCUUAGUGGGCUGCGGUCUGGUGAAAUCACUGGUAUCCAUAUCUGCUGAUCUGAUGCAGGAUUUCAAGACUGGGCAUCUCACAUUAACAUCACCUAGAUCAAUGAUAAUUGCUCAGGCUAUCGGCACCGCCAUGGGCUGUGUCAUCGGGCCACUGACAUUCAUGUUGUUCUACAAGGCGUUUGACAUAGGCAACCCAGAAGGACCCUGGAAGGCACCGUAUGCUCUGAUCUACCGAAACAUGGCAAUUCUUGGUGUUGAGGGUUUCUCUGCCCUACCCCUGCAUUGCUUGCAGCUGUGCUAUGGAUUCUUUGGCUUUGCAGUGGUGGCCAACCUUAUGAGGGACCUCUUCCCAGCAAAGUAUGGCAGGUGGGUUCCCCUGCCGAUGGCAAUGGGUGUUCCUUUCCUUGUCGGCGCGAGCUUUGCCAUCGACAUGUGUGUCGGGAGCUUGGUAGUCUUCAUCUGGCACAGGUUUGACAGAAGUAAAGCAGCACAGAUGGUUCCUGCAGUUGCGUCUGGUUUGAUAUGUGGGGAUGGGCUCUGGAUCUUCCCUUCUGCCUUGCUUGCGCUGGCAAAGAUCAGUCCACCGUUGUGCAUGGCAUUUAGGUCUACACACUAGAAGGGCAACAGGCUAGGUCUAUGUACAGUUAGAAGAGAUACCGCCUGGCAAAGCAUGCAGUAAAUAGAGUUUGCAUAGCAGGGCGAAAUUGUAGCAUAUACAUGCAUUUUUAUACUCCCUCCGUCCCAUGAAACUUGACUUAACUUUCUCUACAUUUGGAUGUAUCGAGACACUAAAUGGUACAUCUAAAUGUAGAGAAAGUUAAUACAAAUUUCAUGGGACGGAGGGAGUAUAUAAAUUUAUACAUGUGCAGUUUUGGCAACAAUAAGUGGACACUUGAGCCACAAGGUGCAGUACUGCAAGGAACAAGAAUCAUCUUUCAUGGGCAGCUGAUCUAAUUCUGAACCGUCCGCUAAAAAUAACACAAUUCAGAUCUAUGAC